UGCCGAGACAGAAACCAAUACAUCCAACACUGAACACACAAGACUCAACACUCAACAUUGACUGAAGAUGCUGUGUUCCCGAGGAUUCCAGUCUUCCCUCAGCCCAUUGAUGGACUUCUACUGGCCUGUGCGCAGUCUAUGGCCAGAGGUCCGACCUCUUCUCAGCCAGCGGGAUCUACUGCAGAGAAACCUGCUAGAAGUCAAGAGCAGUCUGGAGCUGAUGGCAAAACUCCAGCAGCAGAUCUUUGAAGAGUUGGACAAUGUUCCAUCCUCUUUGACCAUCCAACCAGUCUCCUACAAGCAUGAUAAAGAUGGAGAGGGCUUUGCCCUGACACUGGACACUAAAGACUUUUCCCCAGAGGAGCUGUCUGUCAAGCAGGUGGGCAGGAAGCUGAGAGUCAGUGGGAAGACAGAGAAGAAGCUGGAUGAUGGGGAAGGCUCCUACUCUUACAGAUGCCAAGAGUUCAGACAAGAGUUUGAUCUGCCUGAAAAGGUGAAUCCUGAGACAGUCACCUGCUCCCUGGCUCAUGACGGGAAACUCCACAUUCAGGCACCAAAGAAUACAUUAUCUGGCGAGGAGGAGGUGGCAGAGAGAGUGGUGCCCAUCAACUGUAGCCUGGAUGUGAAAACCCCACAAUUCCUGUCAAAGACAGAGGGAAGCAUCACCGACACACAGAAGAAACAAGAGAACACCAUUUCAAAGAGGACUGAUUUUUAUUUCACUGGAUGAAACAUUUUCUAAUACAUAUUUUUUAUGUUUUGAGACUGUAUGCAUGUACGUUUCAUAUCUUGUAACAGUCAAUAUGAUAUGCUUUUUAAUUUAAUCAAUAAAAUAAAAAAAUCUGAAUUUUGCAGUUGUUAUGAUCUCUUCAAUGGAUAUCAACAUAAUGACCAUUAUCUCUCAUCAAAAGUUAACUUUCCAAAAGGCUCACUGGCCUGAAAUUUUUCAAUGAUCAUUUUCAAUAAAUUCAAUUUUCAAAAAGC